AUGCUUGUGAAUGAGACAGGCCUCGAUGGCUGGCUGCGGUAUGCCGCACUUCCUGAUGAGUUUGCCAGCCUACGCCCACAAUAUUCGGCAAUCAUCUCUCUUACGGAUAGUCAAAGCAGCCCUAUAUUCACUGCCGCGAGAGAACUGCAACUUGGUCUCUCCAAGAUCUUAAGUCAGAAUAUUAGUCUUGAGACGAAGGAUGGUUACUGUCUUGUUUGUAAGAAUGGGAGGGCAGCUGAAAUAAUCGGCCAAAACGAUCGAGGUGCAUUGUACGGCGCUUUUGAGUUUCUCAGACUUUUGUCGCAGAAUCAACCACUGCCCGAGAUGCGUAUAUCGAAUCCCAGUGCUCCGAUUCGGUGGGUGAACCAAUGGGAUAACCUCGACGGCACCAUUGAAAGAGGAUAUGCUGGCCCUUCCAUUUUUUUCGCAGACGGACAUGUGCUCGACGACCUGACUCGUGUUCAGCAAUAUGCGCGGCUGCUGGCAUCGGUCGGGCUGAAUGGUCUGAUUGUGAAUAACGUCAACUCCAAUUACAACCUUCUCAAUCCUUUUAAUAUGCAAGGCCUGGCUCGAAUUGCUGACAUCAUGAGACCAUGGGGAGUUCGAAUUGGUAUUUCUUUGUAUUUUGAUACCCCAAAAGAACUCGGAGGUUUGCAGACAUCUGAUCCUCUGGAUCGCAACGUCAUUGCUUGGUGGGAGGACAUUACUUCUGAGCUUUAUCGUCAUGUCCCAGAUAUGCUGGGGUAUCUGAUCAAGGCAAACUCUGAAGGACAACCAGGUCCAUUAACAUAUGGCCGUACUCUUGCCGAUGGUGCAAACAUGUUUGCAAGAGCCCUGCAGCCUCACGGUGAUGGCGUCGUCAUGUAUCGCGCUUUUGUCUACAACCACCACCUCGAUGAGUCGAACUGGAAGAAUGAUAGGGCAAACGCGGCUGUUGAGUACUUUGAUGGGCUGGAUACUCAAUUCGAAGAUAAUGUCAUUAUUCAGAUCAAAUACGGCCCCAUCGAUUUUCAAAUUCGGGAACCGCCGUCACCUCUUCUUGCUCACCUACGGAAAACGCCAAUUAUUCUCGAAUUACAAGUCACACAGGAGUAUCUUGGCCAACAAGAUCACAUCGUAUAUUUACCACCACUUUGGAAGACGAUUUUCGAUUUUGAUCUCCAUGUAGACGGUCAGAAAUCGCUGGUUCGAGACGUAGUCUCCGGCCAACGAUUCAAUUGGAGCAGAAGUGGCUACGCAGCGGUCGUUAAUGUAGGAAACGAUCCUACAUGGCUAGGAAGUCAUCUUGCUAUGGCCAACCUAUAUGCAUACGGAUUGUGCGCUUGGGACCCUCAACAGAGUGAGGUGGACAUAAUCCAAGGCUGGGCACAAUUGACCUUUGGCCUAAAUAAAGCAGUCGUGGAUACCAUAACAAAUAUCUCUAUGGCUUCUUGGCCUACAUAUGAAAAUUACAGUGGCAAUCUUGGCAUUCAAACUUUGUGCGACAUUGUCACACAUUGCCAUUAUGGCCCCUCCCCAGCCGCGCAGGAUGGUAAUGGAUGGGGUCAGUGGACUCGCGCUGAUGCACGUUCAAUUGGAAUGGAUCGAACUGUUGCCACGGGGACAGGAAAUUCAGGACAAUAUCCUCAAAAGGUUGCUGAUAGGUUUGAGUGCAUUGAUACCACUCCUGAUGAGCUUCUCUUGUGGUUUCACCAUGUUCCGUACACUCAUCGUCUCAAGUCAGGCAAGACAGUUAUUCAGCACUUCUACGACGCCCAUUAUGCCGGAGCACUUGUUGCCCAGACAUUUGCACAGCAGUGGGAAAUACUGCGGGGAUUGAUAGACGACAAUCGAUUUGAUCAUAUGGCUUUUCGUCUCCAGUAUCAAGCGGGUCAUGCUCUGGUCUGGCGAGACUCCGUUAACAAUUUCUAUUACGCUAAAUGUGGAAUUAGAGACGAACUUAAUCGCGUUGGCAACCAUGCAUGGAGAAUUGAGGCCGAAGAGAUGACACUUGAAGGAUACAAAGUGGUUCCUGUCACGCCAUUCGAGGCUGCAUCAGGAGGGAAGGCCAUCGCAACAAUCCCAGGCGCGGAUGUAGGUACUGCAACAUGUACUGUUGCUUUUCCUUCUGGGACUUAUAACAUCGCGAUUAACUACUACGAUCAUCUUGGCGGCAGGUCACAAUAUGAAGUCUUCGUAAACGAAAGACUAAUUGGUGCUUGGGCGGGGGAUCUUCAAGAUAAAUUAAGUCAUGACUUCUCGGACCGCAUUGACGGCCAUUCUGCGACUCGCAUCACUUUCGACAGUGUAGAAGUGAAAAAGGGCGAUUCCCUUAAGAUAGUUGGCAGGCCAGAUGGAAACGAGCUUGCUCCGAUAGACUAUGUUUCCUUGUUGCCACAAGGUGUUGUGGACUAA